UUUAACCGAAGUGAGAGAGAGGCAGCAGAGCAUUUUGGUCUAGAGAGAGAGAUUGGAAAAUGGGGGAGGGCGAGGAAAUGGUAUCACAGUUGGAUAUUGUGUCUAAAUGGGACGAAUGCAUUGAUCUCACCUUACGACGAUUUGUGUACUCUUCCUUUGCUGGAGCUUUUGCAGGCCUCCUCUUCUUCAGGAGCCCUGUGACGCGAUGGGCAUCUGUGGCUUUUGGUGCUGGUGUGGGUAUUGGAACUGCAUAUACCGACUGUUCUCACAUUUUUGAUGGCUCUCCAACUAAAUGGCCUAUUCCUCCCAAAUCUUCUGAUAUUCCCCCACCAACUACUCAAGGCGAACAAUGAAUUUUAGUGAAGGCUGCUAAAAUGACCGGAUUGUUGAGAUUCGAGAUUCUUCUCCGAGAUUGUGAUUUGGACUAUCAUAUUGUGUUUUUUGUAUGAAAUGAUAGCUGUGAUACUAUGGUUACUGAACCUUAUAAUGUGAAAUGUUUUAGGGGAUCAUAUUUCCAUUUUUGUAGCAUGCGCGUGUCCUUAAAGCGCCAUUCAGUUAAGAAAAAUGAUUUCACAUCUUGUGUUCUCUUUGUACCAAAAUAAAUGGUCCGCACAGUAUACAA